CCUCUGUGARCUUAAUAGCCGAACAAUGGAGAACACGCCCCAAAUGACAGUCAUCAACGAAGACUCUGUGUACUUCAAGAUUCCAGAUGCCAGAGAGCAAAUCAUUAUGAUAUUUCCUCAAGCAAGUUUAAAAAMUAAAGUUGUUCUGGAGAACUGGUUGGGAAAUUUGACAGCCUUUACAGUAUGUUCAUGGAACCAGGCAGCCAUAAAAUUGGAACAGGCACUCUUCAGCUUUGCCACCAAUGAACAUCACAACGAAAUAUAUGUAGAACUCGAAAAACCAUCGUCSACCACAUUUCUACGUAUUUACAUGGUUGAAUGGAGAUCUCCGACAGGGGAGGCGCUGUAUCCUGUCGAUGGUGACUGGCAUCAUUUUUGUUUGACRUGGGAGAACAAUCGAGGUGAGUGGAAAAUAUACAUCGAUGGCRCAGAGAAAUCUAAAGGGAUCAGGAACCCAGGCAGGGUUAUUCCUGGAAAGGGCGCCAUUAUACUUGGUCAGGAUCAAGACUCUGUCAAGGGAGACUUUGAUUUAGCACAAAGCUACCAAGGCAACCUGACCAACGUGAAYCUUUGGGACAGGGUCCUCACGGCACAAGAGGUGGUUGAAUUAUCUCGSUCAUGCUCUUUUGGAGAAGGAAAUGCUAUCAUGUGGUCAGACUUUAUCCCAAGAGUAGAAGGAGACAUUGAGCUGCUACGUUCUUACCGUGGUUGCAGCAAAUAGAUGCAUCUCGCUUCAGAUAAUAAGACGACGGGUGUGGCAAUCACUACGAUUAACAAUACUUUCAGACAUAAGAAGGCAUGCACGCCUCACAAGGGUCCCUGGAAAUAGCGUUACAAGUUACGAAGUUACAAAGUUACAAAGUUACGAAGUUACGAAGUUACAAGGUUAAAUUCUGUUACAUUUCUGUCAAGAAUAUGUCAACAAGCCCUACUGCUAUUACUAUAAUAUCUUAGGAAAAAAAGUUAUAAUUAUGACUAGGCGGGGGAGGUGUCAGUACGGUUUGAAAUGUAUGGUUUGAAAUGUCCAACCCUGAUCGUAUCAACUUAUCAAGGCUCGACCUUCCUUCAUGUAUACAACACUGGGUUCCCAAAGGGUUAGGUUUAGGGUAAGGGAUAAUGAGUGUUGUAUACAUUGAGAAAGAGCCCGACCUUCGGCGAUCAAUCAAUCAAUCAAUCUGUUGCCGUGGGCCGGGCCCACAUAGUGCUUUCACAAAGGAUCUCCACGCUUUCCGAUCUUGGGCAGCUACCAUCGCCUCGUGGAAGGAGACACCAGAGUCUUGCAAAUCUCUUGAAACUGCGUCUCUCCAGCGCAUCCGCUGUCUUCCUGGGCGACGGCGUCCUCGUGGCUCCCAAAGCAGUAGGCGACGGGGCAAGCGUGUGUCGGCCAUGCGUGAGACAUGACCGAGCCAAGUCAAGCGCUUUUGUCGCAGGAUGUUGAUAAGCGACGUCUGACCAGUUCGCUGAAAUAUUUCAGCGUUUGAGACGUGAUCACGCCAGGACACCCCAAGGAUUCUUCUCAGACAUCUAGUGUGGAAAGCUGCAAGACGCUUCUCUUCCUGAGCGGUAGUGUUCCAGGUUUCGGCGCUGUACAAUAGGGUAGAGAUCACUACAGCCUGGUAAAUUGACAACUUCGUUGUCAGUUUGAUGGACUUGUGUCGCAUAACGGGCAUGAGUGUGUUGAAAGCACUCGCAGCUUUCCCGAUACGGUUGUCAAGCUCCGGGGAGAUAUCACCAUUGUGGGUCAUUGUACUUCCUAAGUAGACGAAUUUAUCGGCGAUAUCGUCGAAAUACAGCGGGUUUUCGUUGUGAUAGCGUUGAAGUUUCGAAACGAAAUUGCAUGUGUGGAUGGAGAGUUUCUCUGGMAAAGAUAAUCCGAGGGAAUAUUGGCGUGAUUCACAUUUUCGGAGGAGCUAGAAAUUAAUUUCUGGCGGUCACUGUGGGGUUGACCUAGCUACCUUCCCUUCCUUUUAGAGCGUAAGAUAACAAUAGCAAUAAAUGGCUCAAAAUAGCUCAAAAUGGCCUGAAACAGGUAGAGAUGUUUAUUUUUUAUUAAACUAGAAUAUUUCUAAAUUACUAAAAACGGUUAAAAUGUAUAAGUCGUAUAACUUGGGCUACCUGUGACUCAAGAUAUACACACUAUUCAGUAAGUGAAUUUCUAAGAUACUCAAUGAGCUAUAACAAAUACAAUCGUAAUCACUGUUCAAAAACUGGCGACCUUCAUGGUUAAAAGGUGGCCAUCCUUUCACCGUGCGACUUCUCAUCACAAACAGUCAUGUACAUCAGUACAGAGGUCACUGACCAAAGGCUUAUGAAGAUGAAAGGACCUGGUUCUCUCCCUUUAUAGUUAGUUAGUUUAUAGUUUUUAAGUUUUUUUGGACUAAGAUAGUCAAUUCAAGUAUGUCUAACGCAUAAAAUUAAAGUAUAUAAUAAUAAUAUAGUAAUAGAGAAGGGCUUGUUGACAUGUUGUUGACAUAUUCUUGACAGAAAUGUAACAGAAUUUAACCUUGUAACUUCGUAACUUUGUAACUUUGUAACUUCGUAACUUGUAACGCUAUUUCCAGGGACCCGCCUCACAUGUUUGUUUUGGUAUAUACCCCCGGGUACGUAUAAACGUAUAGUUAAGCUUGGACAGACCUUUAUAGGAAAUUACGACCUUACCCCUAUGGCAGUUAGAUAGAUCAAGUGGAAGUCUGUUGCGGGUCCCUGGAAAUAGCGUUACAAGUU